AUGCCAAAAGUCCCACUGGCCUCACCACAAGAUUGCAUAACUCCCGCAUUUAUGGGUACGGGCAUCGGAGAAACUUUUGGAGCGACGAAAUACCUUUGGGGUAAUGUCCCUGCUUUUGACGUCCUUGAACUGGGGUCGAAUGAAGGAGAAGAAUAUGAAGGAGAUCUUCGUAUCUUAUUUGCAGCUUCUGGAGACCUUCGGAAUCUUAUCAAGACGAUUGCCAAUCUUCCGAGCAGCUACAAUCACCUUCUUGAAGUCACGUUAAAUGAUAGAGAUUUUGAUAUCGUGGCCCGCAAUCUGAUUCUGCUUCUUGUUGCACUAGUUAUUGGAAAUUCUCAUGAGGCUGUUGAUUGCAUCAUUCACUUGUGGUACUCGACUCUCGUGCGUGAAUCAGAUAUUCGCAUUCUUCAUGAUCGUAUACGGCCUUUGAUCGAAGAUGUCUGUGAAAAGACCAAGAAAAAGUCACCUGGAACUCUUCUUGGGAAGACCUGGACAUUUAAUCAUUGCUCGCUGAGAGUUGUCCUCGAGAAAUCAUCAUGGGAUCGCCUUUUACAGAUUUUCAACAAACCAUCAGGCUUGACAGCCGAGGAGGCACUAAAAAUUCGUGCAGCUAACACCUUAGCCUUCUCAAGGAGAGACUAUCGCGACCGAUAUAUGUCCUGCCUAUCCCCUACCGAGCGAAUCUCUUUUCACAAGUUUCGCCAGGAUGGCCUUUUGCUUCCGUUCGGAUUCCCGCGCCAGGAUUUUAGGGCGCCAAACCCGACAUUCUUCCAAACGGUUGAUACCUGGCCGAUGAAAGACAGUGCAAACCCCCUUGAUGGGUGGCCAUUAAAUGAGGUUUUGAAUACAACAAGCGGAGCUGCAACUGCUGAUACCUACGGCAAAUUAUUCUUUUACCUUAGCGAUCUACUUUUCUCCUUUUUGAAUCGAGUUUCUAGCUCAAGUAUCUCCUUCCGACUUCUUCACCUUGAUGCCUCUUUCCUUCCCGGUAGUCUUGAUACUGAUUCUUUUUGCCGCAUUGAUGUGUCAAACAUCUCGGAUAUGGGCUGGCUAGGAAUUCACCGUACAUUACAUUUGAUGAUUCCCUUACUUCAAAGUCCGGUGCAGAACCCACAUGCCACCCUGAUAACGCUUUUCAUGAAUGCAGUUGAGGAGAGCUUGACCGACGAUGAUAGAAUGCUAGGCUUGACUCCCCAUAGUCGAGCAACGAGAGAUCUACUCAGAUAUCUCCCUCCAAAAGGAGCAAGAAACUCCAAAUACGAUCCUGCACUUAUCAAGUUCAAUAUUGGUCGGGAUCUUGUGACAACCUACGACCACGUUUUUGACAGGUUCCUAAAGGAUUUUGAAGUCCACAAGGCUGGUCAUGUAUUCGGCGCAAUGAUCAAAGAAAAGCAUACUAUCAUCGAGAAAUGGCCUUACAGGCUAAAACUACGACCUGGCCAGCCAGGAGCUCAAGAUGAGUUUGACCGCUGCAUGAGAAAAAGUGUUUCAGGGAAGGAACGCUAUGUGGAGUGGAAGAAAAUUCAUCCUGGUCUGCUCUGA